CUAGAGGCUCCCCCUCCACCGCCUCGGAGGGGAGGUCCAAUAGUGUGCGGUACUGGGGGUCAGCAAACCGCCACCAGCUUCCUGCAGCUCAGCCAGGAUCAUCUCACCAUCGGCCAGCAGCAAGAGAUCCAGCCGGGCAUGAAGCUCUUCCCGAACUACACACCACCGAUACCGCCCCACCAUCUCCACAACGGCAACGGCGGUAUCUCCUCCGGUAGCAGCAAUCCGGCUAACCACCACUACCAUCAGAUAACCUACCAGACGCAAACGCUCGCCCCGUUAAGACUCAAUCAAGAUCACUUCCUACCGUCACAGUCGGCUGCUGGUGGUGGCAACAAGACGAACACCAUCAGCGCGUCCGUUGUCGGAGUCAAUCAAGCGCCCACCGGUGGUGGUGGACCACCACGGGUAGCGAAGUAUCAGACGCACCACCACCACCACAACCAUCAUCAUCCGGCGAGCCUACAACAACAACAACAGGGAGGAGGAGGAGGUCCACUGCCGUCAUCCACCUCUGCACACCAUCAUCUUGCACACGGCGGUCACUACACCCCGCCACCGGAUGCACAACUGCAGCAGCAGCAGCAACAUCUUCACCAUCACCAUCAUCGUCAUCCGCAUCGGGAUGACAUCUCGUCCGACCGCGAGGACGACGACGACACGCUGGACGUCAACGACGACGGUGAAGGCAGUGGGGAGAGCCAGAGUGAGGCCACCUCACCCCCGCAGAGUCCCAUCUCCCCCACACCGCCCGAGCUGCCCAUCCGCAAUGGGCUGCUGGCGGCAAACUAUCCCAUAAGCACCCUCAACCACAUCAACAACAACGGCAGCAACAGCAGUGGAGGCAGCGGAGGCAGCAGUAACACCAGCAACGGUAGCCACCACCACCAUCAUAAUGGUGACGGUCGAGCUCGGUCUCCGGUCACCCCACCGCCACCCUCGGUUACGACGACGUCCUGCGCAACGCUGGGAGGCAGCGGUCGGAAGCAACUCGCCAUACGCCACUAUCACUAA